GUGGUUCCGAAUUUAAGACGAGGGCGCAUGCGUGCGUACCUCCCCUUCAUGGUGGCGCGCCUUGCGGACCGAACAACAUAGAAAAAGCACCAUGUAUACAGAAGCAUUGCCCUGUUGACGGUGUACUUGGGAUGUGGCAACCUUGGGGUCCUUGUUCAGCGACCUGUAGUGGUCAGAGGAGGCGGGCAAGGACGUGUGUCCCCGCUCAUUUUGGUGGGGCUCCAUGCAGGGGAAACAUUGUUAACACGGAGCAUUGUGGUGCUAGACAAUGCCCAGUUAACGGGCAUCUGAACGAUUGGGGGUCCUGGGGGUCAAUGCAGUGCAACCUGUGGAGGUUUAGAAAGAGGACUCGAACAUGCAGCCCUCCACUGUUUGGUGGUGCUCCCUGUACCGGACAGACAACACAAACAGCUAGAUGUGGGACUGUACACUGUCCAGUGAAUGGUGUUUUAUCGGCUUGGGGUAAUUGGUCACCGUGCAGUGUUACCUGUGGGAGCGGCUCUAGGGUGAGAUCCAGAGCCUGUGUCCCUCCACAGUAUGGAGGUCACAAUUGUACAGGGUCGUUGUUUGAGAUGAACAGCUGUAGCCAAAUUCCAUGUCCAACUCAGUCUUUACCAUCGACGCAAACCCCACUCAUACCACUUUCAAAUACCACAACUGUUGGUUUUACUUGUUCGAGUUGUAACGAGAAUCUGGAGUGUACCUGGAAUAUGGCGUGCCACUCGUCUGAAGAUUGUAUCGUCCGAUCCAUUCCAGGAUUCAAAUUCACCACGCACUGCAUCAUGGUACUAAUUCAGUACACACUGUGCUCGAUAAAGCAAUUUUUAGGAAGAAAGAAAUGA